AUGAUCGACAUAUACAAGUCUUCUGCACAGACAUUUGUCUGGUUGGGUGAGGGAGACGCAGAGAGCGACGUUGCACUCCAGUUUUCGAGGAGAGUCGCUUUCAUCCGUCGCCACAGACGAUUGCAGAAGUUCUUGCCCAAAAAUGGUAUCUUGUCGUGGAACAUGUUAGGCACCGGCUGUACCCCGGAAGCACUUUCCUCUCUUGCUAGUCGGUCUUAUUGGUCCAGACUGUGGACGAUCCAGCAAUUUACGGCGUCAGCUCCUAUUAUUUUUUGCGGUUCUGCGAAGCCGACGUCUGGCGUGGCUACUCUUGAAGCUAUUGACGAGAUUUCUAGAGCUCAGCCAUGGGAAGAUUCUUGGCCCCAGUUCAAAGGACGACUUCAUAGAAGAUACGUCGGAUUCAACGAAGAAAUAGAUGGCAUACCUCUUUUGUCAAGUCAGUAUGUCCACUUGUCGCGCAUGUCCUCCUCGGAUGAACGAGAUAAGGUUUUUGCUUUGAAAGGCCUUUUCCGAAAUGCAUUGAAGGAUCUUGUAAUUGACUACAACAAACCCACCUGUGAUAUCUAUGCCGAAGCUACAAGGAUCACUAUUAUCAAUGAGAAGUCUCUCGCAAUUUUACAAUUCGUGGCACAUUCAGAAGGCGAAGUGCGUUUCCCUUCUUGGGCGGUGGACUGGAACUUCAAGCAUUCAUACGCUUUGGCACAUCAGGAGUCUUCACCAAGAUCCCAUGGCGUCUUUCGAUUUUCUGUUGAUGGUAAAAAGCUACACUUAGUCGGCAGAAUUGUCGGAGAGAUCUCCAGAGAUAUCAGUGACUAUUUCAAGCCAACAGCGAUGAAGUUUGUUUUCAAGAUUCUCCAAUUGACUUACAGUCUCGCAACUGGUUAUGCAUGA